GAUUGAUGGUUAUUGUUUGCAAAAUAAAAUGGAUGAAGUUGUCAAAGCAUUUAAUACGAUGGUUCGAAACGGUUGUUUGCCUUCUGUUGUUAGCUAUAACAUAUUGAUCAAUGGAUAUUGUAAGAAUAGAAAAAUUGAUGAGGCAAUAAGUCUAUUUCGUGAAAUGUCCACAAAAGGACUUUUUCCCAAUGUUGUCACUUAUAGCACUCUAAUUGGAGGGUUUUGCCGAGUUGGGAGACCUAAAAUUGCAUUAAAGCUACUCCACGAGAUGCAAGGUUGUGGCCAACCUCCGAAUAUCCGAACUUGUGCUAUUUUGUUAGAUCGCCUAUGUAAGAAUCUACACUUUACUGAGGCAAUGGCAUUGUUUAAGGAGAUGGAAGACAAAAAGUUAGACCUUGAUAUUGUGAUUUACAGCAUCUUAAUUGAUGGUAUGUGUAAUGCUGGGAGACUUAUGACUGCAAGUGAAUUAUUUAAUGCUCUUCCUACCAAAGGUUUUCAACCUGAUGUUUGCACUUACACUAUAAUGAUCAAAGGGCUUUGCAAAGAGGGACUACUAAAUGAAGCGAGGGAGUUGCUUGAGAAAAUGGAAGAGCACGGUUGUUCACCUAACCAUUUCACAUAUAACACAAUCAUCCAAGGCUUCUUGCAACAUAAUGAGACAUCUUGGGCAGUGAAAUAUCUCAAGAUGAUGGUUGACAAGGGUUUAUCGACAAAUGCAACCACUGCAGCCAUUUUGAUCGACUUGAUAACUACUAAUCGAGCUGAUAAAAGUUUACAAGAUUUUUUUUUGAAAGCUUUAUAGUUCUUCAACGUGUAGGACAAAUUUUAUAUUCUAACCUUUUCAGAGUCAUAUGUGAGAAAUAAAUGCAUAUUUGUUGCAAGUCA